UAAUGUAAGUUUGUAAUAACUGCGUGUAAUUUUGUAGAUUUUUCACGGAGCAGAUAUGGACGUCCAGUGGUUACAGCGUGAUUUUGGUGUAUACGUGGUCAAUCUGUUCGACAGUCACCAAGCCUCACGACUUCUUAAUUUUCCGCACAAUUCUCUAGCUUAUUUGUUGAAGCAUUAUUGUGGAAUAGAAGCAAAAAAGGAAUAUCAACUGGCAGAUUGGCGAAUCAGGCCUCUUCCCGAAGAACUAAUUCGAUAUGCAAGGGAGGACACGCACUACUUGCUCUACAUCUACGACAUGGAAAGAAAUGAACUGAUCGGUAAAGGAAAUGAACAACAGAACCUCUUGCUUUCUGUGUAUCAGAGAAGCAAAUUAGUUUGUCUUAAAAAAUAUGAGAAACCACAUUUUGAUGAAAACAGCUACUUGUUGCUGUACAAAAAAGGAAAGAAAACUUUUAACAUACAGCAGUUGAAUGCUUUCAAGAACCUGUUUGCAUGGAGGGACAAGGUGGCUCGUCAAGAAGAUGAAAGUUGGGGAUAUGUUUUGCCCAAUCAUAUGCUUUUCCAAAUUGCCGAAGUGUUACCCAGAGAACAACAGGGUUUGAUGGCAUGCUGUCACCCAGUGCCGCCUUUACUCCGACAGUACUUGAACGAAGUUCAUAAAAUAAUUCUGGAAGCUAGAGAGCUAUCUUUAACACAG